UGAGCCCAAAGUGGCUGAUGCCAAAAAAAAAUUUCUGCAGGGGCGGAGAGGAGCGGAGCGGAGCAGACAGAGAGCUGCCAGGCUGCGCUGACAGCACAGAGGUUUCACAUCCGACGGGCUCGAGGCUGGAGCUGGACUUUCUACAGCGACACCUCCGCGGUGAUACUAUCCAUCCAGAAAAAAAAAAGAAAAGAGAGAGAGAGGUCUGUGUACAUACAGAGAGAGGGAGAGAGUAGAAGAAGAAAAGGAAGGGGAGGAGGAGGACGCGGCGUUGUUAGGAGAGACUGAACGAGACAAGUAGGAAGGAGAGUCGGCUCCAAGUUGCUCGCGCGCUCCGCUCCUGAGCUGAUGGCAUCCGUACUUGGAAACGGCAGCCGCGCGUCGGGCGCUCCGAGCGGCCAGGUCCGGUGCAAGCUGAAGCGAAGGAGGAGGAGGCGAUCCAAGAGAAAAGAGAAAGUCGGUAUGCUGUCGGCAUUGAUCGCUCCCUUCAAGUACAUAAGCCCUGGGACCAGCAGCACGGAGGACGAGGACAGUUUAAGCACGAGCAGCGCGGAGGUGAAGGAAAACCGCAACGUCGGGAACUUGGAGGAGCUCUCCAUCGGCUCCGGAGAAUGCCAGUCGCUUUUCUGCUCGGAGUCGUCGAGAGGGGCCGGCUCUGGCCUGAAGAGGAAACGGCCACUGGAGGAAGACAACAACGGGCGCCUGUGUCAGCUCCGACUCAUCUAUAAGAAACUCUCCUGGUCUGAGGCUCCAAAGAACGCCUUAGUGCAGCUGAACGAGCUUCGGCCGGGGCUGCAGUACCGCAUGGUGUCCCAGACUGGCCCCGUCCACGCUCCCGUCUUCUCCAUUGCCGUGGAGGUUAACGGACUUACCUUUGAAGGUACCGGACCCACAAAGAAGAAAGCAAAGAUGAGGGCCGCCGAACUGGCUCUCAAAUCCUUCGUCCAGUUCCCCAACGCGCCCCAGGCCCACCUGGCCAUGGGAAACAUCUCCAACCCCUCGGCGGACUUCACGUCCGACCAGGCCGACUUCCCCGAAACGCUCUUUAAGGAGUUUGAGGCGUCGCCGUGCUCUGACGGCCUCGCGCUCUGCGACCCGUCGAGCGAGAGCGAUCUGCUGUCGAGCGAGCUGCUGAGGCACGGACGGCUGCUCCGCCACACGUUGGACCUCAUGGUGCAGGCCCAGCAGAGGCUCGGAGGGAUCGUCCCGGAGCCCGAGGCGCCGAAGAGUCCCGUGGCGUUGCUCAACGAGCUCCGGCCGGGCCUCCGCUACGCCUGUCUGUCGGAACGAGCCGAGGGGAGGCGGCCGCGGAGCUUCGUGAUGGCGGUGCGCGUGGACGGGCGGAUAUUCGAGGGCUGCGGUCGCAGCAAGAAACUUGCCAAGACGCAGGCGGCCCAGUGCGCUCUUCAAGCCCUAUUCGACAUCAGGACAGCCCCCGAAGGGAGGGCGGGCCUCAAAACCAGCAGGAAGAGUUGUCCUCAUUUACCCCAGGACUUCGCCGAUUCAAUGUUCCACUUGGUGAGGGAGAAGUACCGGUCGCUGGUGGGCGGCUGCAGUCCGGCGCACGCUCGACACAAAUCCCUGGCAGGCAUCGUAAUGACCCGAGAUCUGGACCUGAGGCACGCCCAGGUGGUGGCGCUAUCCACGGGAACCAAAUGCAUCAACGGAGAGUACCUGAGCGACCAAGGACAGGUGGUCAACGACUGUCACGCCGAAGUCACGGCGCGAAGGGCUCUGAUACGUUUUCUCUACUCUCAACUGGAACUUUUCUUGAGUAAAAGGCUGGAGGACUGGGAGGAGUCGAUAUUCGUCCGCCACAAAGAGCAGAGCUACAGGUUGAGAGACAAUGUCCAUUUCCACAUGUACAUCAGCACCUCGCCAUGUGGGGACGGGAGGCUCAACUCGCCUUAUGAAAUUACAAGUGAACUACACAGCAGCAGACACCUUAUGAGGAAGCAUCGAAGCCACCUGCGGACCAAAAUCGAGUCUGGUGAAGGGACGGUUCCUCUGCGAUGCCGUGGGCCCGUCCAGACAUGGGAUGGCAUUCUACAGGGGGAGCAGCUCAUCACCAUGUCGUGCACAGACAAGAUCACCAGGUGGAAUGUCUUGGGCCUGCAGGGGGCACUGCUGAGUCACUUUGUGGAUCCGGUGUACCUGCACAGCAUCACUGUGGGAAGCCUGCGCCACACUGGUCAUCUGAGCAGAGUUCUGACCCAGCGGCAGGAGCGCCUGGGCCCUCUACCAGCCACAUAUAGACGCAGCCAACCUCUGCUAAGUGGGCUGAGCAACAUUGAGUACCAGCAGCAGGGGAAGGCCACGUGCGUCAGCAUCAACUGGACCCUGGGCGACGCGCAGCCAGAGGUGGUCAACACGGCGACGGGACGGCGACGGGAUUCAGGGACGCCGUCGCGCAUCUGCAAGCACGCCCUGUUCACCCGCUGGAACAGACUGUACCGAAAGCUGGGGGUCCACGUCUCCAGCUCAGCAAAGGACUGUCAGCCCAUGUAUGGCGAGGCCAAGAUGGCGGCGCGUCCUUACCAGAUCGCGAAGCAGCAGUGGUUCAAGUCUCUGCAGGAGACGGGCCUGGGUACCUGGGUGAAGAAGCCACCGGAGCAGGAGCAGUUCCUGCUGUCCAUCUGAGCAACGCUGGGUGUGUGUGUGUGUGUGUGUGAGUGUAUGACCUUUAUUAUUUUAGGGUAAGAUGACGCCUCCCACAGCUUCAUCCCAGGAACUGCACCCUCCAAACCCAAGAUUACAAACCCCUGUACGUGACCGCAGUUUUCAUUCUGUUUCGUGUCGCCCUUUCAUCCCGUCACUGAAGCCACCAGCAGAAGGGCAUGGAAGAAAACUAGAGUUGAAAAGCUGGAGUUUUUUUUAUUAUUAUUAUUCCUUUGAACACAAACACACAAGUUUAAGCAAACACCCAUCUAAAUACCCACCCCACCCCUCCCCCACCCUCCAUUCCUGUCCACGGCUGUCAAGGAAAAAGGGGGUUGGGGUAACCUUGAGCAGAAUGAAAGGCAGCCACUAUCUUGUCAUCAGCUAUUUCCGGGCCCUGAGGCUCCCGCUGAGGAGCGAAGCCACAGGGGAGAGAGAGAACGAGACAGGCUGAGAAAGGGGAAGGGAGGGGGAAAAAAAAAAAAUAGGGUCCACGUUCAAUUACCGGCCCUGUCAGGGUGACGGGUGAUGGAGACGAAGGGAGGGAGUGAGGAAAGAGAAGGACAGGGUGGUUCACCUUCUCCUCUUUUAUUACUACCUCCAUCCUCCUUCUCUUAAUUCACCUUUUUAACUCUCCUGUGCCUUCUUCCUCCCUCCGGGGGGAGCUAAACAUGACACAGCGACAGGUUAAUGCACCCCUAGAGGAGACCUGGUGUAUAAAUGACAUCAUUACUUCCCGACUAAGCACAAGAACGGAGGAGGAGAGUUUCUUCUUUGUAUUUUAUCACCAGCUGGUUUUUCCUUGGUCUUAACAAAAGCUCAGUAGCAACAUUCAUUCACUCACUUUUUCUUCCCCUCAGUCUGAUGACUUAGUGAAGUUCCCAUCACCGUCAGGUCUGAGGUCUAACACCCGAUAGGUCACCAUCCACCCCGUGUAAAUUAGCACCUUAAUGCAUUUCGUCUUUGCAUAUUUUGUCUGUGUGUCACUGUGAUGUCUUUCUAUUCAUUAUGAUCAUGACUGUACUGUUCUGUCGGCGUUCCCUAUAAAUGAUUGAGCCGGAGCACUCAGACCGCCGGCAGCAGCGAGAACCGAGCAGUGAGACUGACAUCUAGUGGUUUCUCUGAGUACUGCACCCUGUUCAGACCUGGUGGUUUUACUGGGACUGUGUGGGAGUUGAGAUGACAAACAGACCGAUUUGCACCAAAAACUACCUUUAUGUUGGGAAAUGUUCACCGGUUCGACUCACGUUUCAUUAUAUCUACCUACAUUCAUUGAGAUUCAACAGAGACCUAUUCUUGAUCAACAGUAACUAUUGUAGCAAUGAAAUUGGGAUUUAGUAAUAUAUAUUUUUAUAAAAUUUAUAGUGAGACUUGAAUUUAAUCUGUUUGGGCCUGGACUGAACGUGGCGUGAUCAGAUUAAGUCGAACUAAGUGGAACCUGCAUGAACUUCAAAUUCAAACAAUACUUUAUUGAUCCCAAAGGGAAAUUAAAUACACAUAAAGUAUUGUGAUGAUGUUGCAAAAUUACAAAUAAUGCAUCUUAUGUGCAGAUGUGCAUAUCACUACUUAUUUCAUUUAGAUUUAUUUUUUUAUUUUAUUUUUUUACAUUUUUUUUCAUAAUGUACCAAUCAAACAAUUUUCAGGUGGAUGGGUGUUGUGUAAGAUGCCCCAACACAAAAUUAUGAAGCCAGAAGCAAAACAAUGUUACAUCUAACAUUUUUACAGAUAAAAAUUUUAAAGACAUGCCACACAUUUGAUUACAUCCAGUUUUUAUUCUGAAGCCCCUAAAGUAAAUCAAAUAGUAUGACCUUUCUGAAAGAACAGCAAAGUGGAAGCAGGGGGUAAUCGUCAUUAGCUUGUACUGCUAACAGUAGCGUUAGCAUGAACCACAGGAGUUAGCAAUCACUUUGGUUUGUGACUUGAACUGACACUGGUUUGAGUGAGUUAAUGUGUGCUGUCAUUCUGUCUGUGUAAUGCUUAAUAUAUUUGUUACUUUCAUAUUUGACUUUUUUUUUUUUUAAGAGUUGAACAGAAUCUCCACUUCAUCUCCAUUGAAAGCUAGAAGUUUGCAAACCUUCCUGUGAUUUAAAAGUAGCUGAAUCUUUCUCCAGCUGGUUCUGUUUUUCCAGGUUCAAUGUAGGCAAAUUUCAGCUAAGAGCAAAAAGAAGGGGAUAAAUAUCUCCAGCCGCUAUUUUAUAUUAAUUCAGACACAAACAAAACUCUACUGUGGAAUAGAUUUUAUGUAAGUACCGUCUGUUUGUCAGAUCAAUAUUAACGUAUAGGUACAAAUCUUGUUUUUCCAGCAAAUGUCACAUUCAUUACUAUCAUGCUCCCUAAUGUUAGCAAACAGAGUUUCACAGAUUUAUUUUUGAGAUAAAACAUAUAACGUUUGUCUGAAAACUGAGUGUAAAUAUGUAAAAACAAAUGUACAAAUGAUGAUGAAGAUGAAGGAAUCUAAAAAUGUCCAACUAUGUAAAUUGAGGUAUAAGAGGAAUUGCUGCUAAGGUCUGUAAAUUGCACUUCAGUAACAUAAAAAGUGAAUGUUUGUACUGUAUAUGUGAAUAAAACCACUAAAUCUUGUAAUUUUACUUUUGCCUGGCUGGUUUAUUUUUUUAUAGUGUCCUUCUCCAGUAUUGCUGUAUUUCUACUUUGUCAUGAUCACCUGCCAGUGCGAUAAUGUGCCGACCCCAGAGAGCAGCCGGCCAUUAUUAAAGAGGCCUCCCACUGCUGCGUCUCCCCGGGGAAAUCCACGGGAAAAUGGUUAUCUCAGUUAGGCUCAUGGCAGGUGGCGCACAGACCAGCGGGCAAAUUAGCCUGGAGGAUGAAAGAGGAGACCGGUGGAGGUAGCUACACCUCGUCCCGACCUUCCCCCCUACAGCCACUGUUAGCUCUCCCCGCCACAAUAAACUAUUGUUGACCAUUUGAACCAGCUCUAACCUAAUGGUUGGUGGCGGAGAGGCUUUAUUGUGUCGCUAUGUCGUUAGUUCGUAUUACUAACAGUAGUUAGCAUGGUGCCACUCGGUGCUUUUUUUUGAAAGCGGAUAAAAUGGUAAAUGGCUUAUUUUAAGCUCUAACAGUGCUACUUGUAACUAUAACUCAGACAUUUUUUUUUAAAUUUCCAGAUUGGGGAACCGUGGAAAUGAACCAACUGAUAGUGGUGCACUAAUGAUAAUGAUGAAGACUGAUUGUAUUGAGUGUUUUAUUGUGUUCUAAUGUCAAAAGUAAUGUCAGCUGAUGGCCUGAAAGUGAGUUCUGGACUCUGACCAUUAAAAAACAGCAAUGAAGGCUGGAAAAUAAAAUACGAUGUGUUGCAAUGGCUCAGUCCAAAUCCAGGCCUUAAACUAAUUCACGAGCUGCGAUGGCGCCUCUGCGACCCUGAACAUCCCUUAGAUGUAGGUACAAGUAGUUCCCUGUUUUGAUGUUUUAAGAGAAACCUUAACCCGAAGGACGGUUACGCUUAAUGAGAAAAAUCCUUAUGAACAGACAUCAGUAGUUCCAGGUUUGCAGAUGAAUAAAAACAUAUUUUUCUGAGAGAUACCAGCGUCAUUGAAGUGAAUCAAAAAGUGUGGGAUGAAUAAGAUGAGAGAAACGCGGCGGUAGCAAGAGGAAAUCAGAUCUUUUUUUAUUGGAAAGUGUCAGGGAGAACACAGCCGUCACAAUAAAGUAUGCAAAGAUGAUCGCAUAAUGAAGUUAGGCGAAUAUAAAUUCACUACAGUGAGCCAAAAGCUGAUCGACUUUAGAAAUGUAGAUUUUACUCCCGCAGUCUGGCUGUAAUUUAAUGUAUCAAUCUGAAAAUCUGAUUUCCUCCAGGUUGGUUAUUCAGAAGCGCUGCGUUUUUCUGAACUCGCCGUUCCGCUCGCGCAGUAAUGGGACGCCGACAGCACCGGGCACGAGUCCCCACCGCUACCCCAACGAAAGACACGGACAAAGCAAAAAAACCCGUCUGAAGCACAAUUACUUAUUAAACACGUGGAGGAGCCACAGACGGAUUAAAGUCAUACGCCGGUCCUCAAUGCAGUAGUAAGGCAUUUUAAUUCAGGUCCAACAUUUCAGGUUCAUGCUACUUUACAAUGUGAUCCUGGUUCUUAUUGUUGGAGGAAACAGCAGUGGUGUGUGCGUUCUGAACACACGGGAUCUACACCGGUCACAUAUACAGGCAGUUUUAUGGAGUUUUACAGCACUGGAAUAAGUUAAACAUCUGAAGGAGAUAAUCAUUUAAAAAAACUAAAAUUAAAAAAAACAGCAUGACCAGUUCAGGACAUUGCACAUGUAACAUACAGCAUGUUUCUGGAAUUGAGUGGAGCACAGCACCCUGACGACAAAAGCCAAAUGUCUUUUAAAGACACAGUCACCUGGUUUAAAACAAACAUCACCACUCUGUGAAUGAGUAACAUCAAGGAGCUGAGUAUUGCUUCUGUUUCUUUUUUGUUUGUUUGCUUGUUUUAAAGACAGACAGGUGCAACACAGUACAGAGCUGAAAACCACUGAAGCACGCGCACACUAACAACAUCGGUUCACUUUGGGCUCACGACUUUGGGCAACACAAGUUCUGAGGUGGCAAAAAGAGGAGCGAGUCCAGUUCAGGUCAGAGGUUUACAUACGGCCAUCGUGACGUUAUUCUCUCGGCGUGAAUGUUUUUAUUUUGGUGCUUUUCAGCUGUUGAGGAUUCAACAUCCGACUUCAGUGAGGGUUUUUUUUUUUUUUUUUU